AUGGAGCCGGCUAAGCGCUGUCGAAGAAUUACCAACUAUCUCGGCGGACUUAUUCAUGUCCCCCAUUGUAGCCACCAGGAACUGCUGCGUGGACGCUGUCGAGUGCGCGGCGUGCGGUCUCGCUGGCACGAAGAAACGUGCAGGAAGCUCUGCGUGCGCGACCCGCACAACGCCGCGUGCAUGAACGGCUGCUCGUACGGGUCCCUCACGGUGACCAAGCUCGUGUGCGACAAGAUGGAGGCUGCAGAGGCCGCGUCGGCCUCGCGUUGUCCGGACGGCGUGAGCUGCAUGGAGGCGUGCCGCGCCUACGACGACGAGACGCCCUUCCCAGAUCUGCGCAACUCAUGCGUCCGCGGCUGCUCCAACAUCGUACCCUCGGCCUGCGCUCGCUCUCUGCAGAUAUACCGGGACCUCGCUCAAGGCGCGAUCCAGUAG